AGGGAUUGUAAUCCAUAUCUUAUCGCCACACCAUUCCCCGCCAGGGAAAAGAUCAUUGAAGGAAAUUGUGUUUGUAAAACUCCGUAGAGUCAACUGUCGCGUUCGUCGAAAGCUUCGUACGUCAGAAACGGUAACAACACUACCCACGUUCAGCCUCGGAGCGUAACUGUAACAGUCAAGAAAUUGCUUCACGCUGUGUUCUUCAUCUACAGAAGAUAUGGAGGAAAAUGAUAUUAUUCCUGACGUUAUUGACACGAUUCCUGUUCACGUAAUGACGGUGAAAUAUGACGAUUGUGAAGUUGAUCUUGGCAACGAGCUUACACCAACACAAGUUAAAGACCCACCAACGUUUAUAGAGUACCCUACUGAAGACGAUACUUUAUACACUUUAUGCAUGACUGAUCCCGAUGCACCGAGUAGACAGAAUCCCAAGUUCCGUGAAUGGCACCACUGGCUGGUUGUUAACAUUCCAGGUAACAAUAUAAGUGAAGGAGAUGUGUUGUCAGAAUACGUUGGCUCGGGACCACCAAAAGGAACAGGACUCCAUCGUUAUGUUUUUCUGGUCUACAAACAACCAGAAUGCUUGAGCCCCACAGAAAAAAGGCUCACUAAUACAUCAGGGGAGCACAGAGGUCUCUUCCGAAUUAGAGACUUUGCUGCCAAAUACGAGUUGGGUGAACCAUGGGCCGGCAAUUUUUACCAGGCCCAGUGGGACAGCUAUGUUCCCAAACUGUAUGAACAGCUGAGCAACUAACUGUCAUGUCGUUUUCAUCUUGGAAUUAGUGUUGUCCAAGGAAAAGAUAAUUUAUAUGUUUUCUUUUUGUUGUUGUUGAACAGCUUUUCGAAGUUGCUGGUUGUGAAAGAUUUCUUUUUCCUGUGUUGAAACAUUCAUCAAACUCUUUAACCAAAGAAA